AUGGCCCCCGACGUAGGCACCAUGGUUGACUUUGCACCCUUCUACGCCAUUGGAAACUUCUGUAUUGCUACAUGGAUGAUCUUUUGGAACAAAUCUGACCUGAAGGUUGCAAAUAUCUUUGUCGUCAUCAAUAGCCUUGCCCAGCUGUACUUUAUCUUCAAUCGCCUUCCGCCCAUGAACAAAAAGUCCAUCAACUCUGUUCUCACUCACGUCGUUGCCAAAACCUUUGCUGGUAUCGGCGUCUUGGAUCUGCUACACAACGGCUCGGUAGCAUACUUUGUUCACCAGCAGCCAUCUACCACUGUCAAGGUUCUCACCGGCGUAGGCUUCGGAUUGUUGUCGAGCAUCAGUGACUGGAUCUUCGGAGGCUGUCUGGUCUAUGACUUGAUUGCGCUGUCAGUCGGUCAAUCCGCCUAUGGUAACGCCGGUUGGAGCAGGCUUCUCGGCAUCUAUGCCGGCGGAGCUGCAGCCAUUGUUGGCACGCGUAAUCUCUUGAGGUAA